GCUUACGUCUCAAUAUAGCGCUAAUGCACAAAUUCAUACAAAUAAAUUCUAUUGUACCACAAUCAUAGAAAUACCAAGAUCAUGGGUUUAAUUCCCAGGGAAAGCAAGGAAUGAUCAAAUGUGAAUAUAUAGGCCUACCAUCAAUGCAAUGUAAGUUUCUUCGGAUAAAAGCUUCUGCUAAAUGCAUACAUGUAGAAGUAUAGUUGUUGGGUUUACUGUCUUUACAGAUCAUUCCGUUUGUGAAUAUGCUCCAUCUAUAAUAGCCCAAGUAUAAAUACCGUUUUGUUCAACACUCACAUCUUUGCAGUGUGAAUAUUUCUCCUGCUCGUUAUUUUAUUGCAUACUUCUCCAUUUAUUCAUAUCAUUAUUCUGUGUAUUGAGGUCAGCGCUGAUGAUGAUGAUGAUGAUGCCCUCUGUCGGUCAGACUCCGCGCGGCUGCAGAAGCUCCGCCUCAGAGAUUCAUUCGCUCCGGAGAAUCAGAUUCUCUCAGAGAGUCGUAUCGCUGCAGCAGCUCUGAACUGUUGGUCGCUGGAUGCGGAGCGGAGCGGAGGCUGAAGCGAUGAUGGCGGCGGCGCUGGAGAGAGGAGGGCUGCGGGCCGCUCUCAUGAACCCCGGCGGAGGCGGCGGCGGAGCGGCUCUCACAGCGGCGGCCGGAUCGGUGCUCUGGAGCUCCGCGGGGUCCGGGUCCGUGCCGGUCCCCAUGAACCUCUUCGCCACCUGGGAGAUUGACCGCUCCUCUCCGAGCUGCGUGCCCCGGCUGUGCAGUCUGACGCUGAAGAGGCUGAUCGUGCUGAAGGAGCUGGAUAAGGAUUUGAACUCGGUGCUCAUCGCUGUGAAGAUUCAGGGCUCCAAACGAGUGUUGCGAUCAAACGAGUAUGCUCUUCCUCCCAGCGGUCUGAUGGAGACAGAGCUGGAGCUCACUUUCUCUCUGCAGUAUCCUCACUUCCUGAAGAGAGACGCCAACCGCCUGCAGAUAAUGCUGCAGAGAAGAAAACGCUACAAAAACAGAACCAUUCUGGGCUACAAGACGCUCGCGGUCGGAGUCAUCAACAUGGCCGAGGUGUUGCAGUAUCCCACAGACGGCGGACAGAUUCUGGGUCUUCAUAGCAACAUGAAGGAAGCGCCAACAUGCGUAGCUGAGAUUAGCGUGUUCUCACUGUCCAGUCAACCCAUCGACAACGAGUACAGCAGCGGCCAGACUGGAGCCAAGAGCAAAGCCUCGGAUCGGUCUCCUGACAUGGAUAAUUACUCGGAGGAUGAUGAUGACAGUUAUUCAUCAGGGCAGGAGGGCAGUGAUGAUGCUGGACACACACAGGAUUUGUACGAUGAAGAUGACGACAUACGAAAGCCAAAAAAACCCAGACGGAAAAUGAUCCGAUCAGUCUCAAUAACACGACAACCCAACUUCAAGCAGAAGUUUGUGGCCUUACUGAAGAGAUUCAAAGUCACAGAUGAGGUUCUGGACUCGGACCCGGUGGAUCAGACGCAGGAGGUGGAGGAGGAUCUGGAUCUGCUGUAUGACAGUCUGGAGGUGUAUAAUCAGAGCGACAGCGGGCCGGAGCUGGAGGACAACGAGAGCGUCCUGAGCACACCAAAACCCAAACUCAAGCCGUUUUUUGAGGGCAUGUCUCAGUCCAGUUCUCAAACAGAGAUCGGCAGCGUUCACAGUCACAAUCUCCACCGAGACGCAACGGCCAACAUGGCUGCUGACUUCCUGUUGGUGGAGCGCUGUAAGACAGCCGGCUCGCAGCAGAAGGAGGACAUCAGUAUGGAGACCAGCGGCGGGGAGGCUGAAGCAGAGCAUCAUGGGAUAGUGAUGGCAGAUGUGUCCGAGCCCAGCAGUGAUCGACUGAACAGCUCCGGUGGGAAACUCUGCAAGACUGAGUCCCAGAAUCACAGCAGUCCCAGUAAAGCGGAGAGCAGGGUCCCGCGGCGCACUCGCAGCACAUCCAUGAAGGACAGACAGAACUCUCGAGCUCAGAGCGAGCGCACCAUCAGCGUGGACAGCGAGUGUUCGCCGGACAGCCGCUUCAGCGCACAGGUGCCCAGGAAAUCAGUGUAUGAUCAGCUGAAUCAGAUCCUGAUCUCAGACGAGAGACUCCCAGAGAACAUCAUCCUCAUCAACACAGUGGACUGGCAGGGCCAGUAUGUGGAGGAGGUCCUGCAGAAACACGCCCAGCCCAUCGUGUCCACCUGUUCCGCCGCUGAUGUCCAGGCUGCAUUUAACACCAUCGUCACACGCAUUCAGAGAUUCUGUAACUGUAACGCUCUGACUCCGCCCACGGUGAAGGUGGCAGUGGCAGGUGAUCAGAGCUAUCUCAGUACAGUGCUGCGCUUCUUCGUAGAGCAGCUGGCCAAUAAGACGCCUGAUUGGCUGAGCUAUAUCCGCUUCUUCAUCAUCCCCAUCGGUUCCCAUCCUCUGGCCAAGUAUGUGUCGACGUUCGACAGUAAGUUCUGCAGUAUGUUCAUGGAUCCGUCCUGGAGGGAGCUGUUCUGCCGGUCAGAUUCUCCCAGCGCAGACUCUGUUGAUGUAGCUGGACGGAUUAUCCAGUAUCUGGCUGGAGCGAAUGUGUCUCAUCAGUUUCCCAUCUCUGAAGCCAUGCUCACCUACAGACAGAAGAGUCCGGAUGAAGAUUCCUGCCAAAAAUUUGUGCCAUUUAUCGGGGUGGUGAAGGUGGGGAUCGUCGAACACAGUCUGUCCACAUCAGUGGAUUCUGAUGAUGCCAUGGGCGGGAAUGUGGGCGUGGUUUCCUCUCCCAUGCCGCAGGUGACCACGCCCUACGGGAAGGAGAUGUGUGUGACUCCGCCCCCGUCUCCCUCGGUGUGUGCGGUUUUCACUGGAGUGGGUUCUCCGUGCACAGGCGGGGAGCUGAUGGGGCUGCAGGUGGACUACUGGACGUGUCCGAGCGGAGAGAAGAAGCGUGAGGGUGAGAAGCGUGAUGCUGGUCUGAAGAACACACUGAAGAGUAACUUCCGCUCGCUGCAGGUCAGCCGUCUGCCCAGCGGAGGAGAGCCCAGCGCUGCACACAGCAUGGCCAUGACCGUCGUCACCAAAGAGAAGAACAAGAAAGUGAUUUUUCUGAGUAAGAAGCUGAAGGAGAAGGACGUGGAUUCUAAGAGUCAGGUGAUCGACGGCAUCAGCCGGCUCAUCUGUACGGCCAAACAUCAGCACACCAUGCUCCGAGUCUGCAUCGACGGCGUGGAGUGGAACGAUGUGAAGUUCUUCCAGCUGGCCGCUCAGUGGCCGACACACGUCAAGCACUUCCCCGUCGGCGUGUUCGGAUACAGCAAACCCGUGUGACUCGUCUGCCAGAAUACACUUAAAGUGCUCCGUUCUCACAGUUUUGUACUUAAUAUACUAGAAAUGCAUUCUUUAGUUCUUCUUACGAGAAACACGAGAUCAGCUAAGUGUGCUCAGUUUGGGACACCGUGAAGAUGAACUAAAAUGUUCUUAACAUGCUAUCUCUGUAGUUAACAUGUAUUUAGUCAGCACUUGUAGUGCACUUGAGUGUGCUAGCCCACAUGAAAAAAUACUAUAGUAACGUAUAGUAAAUGUUAGUGUUUGAACCAUACUAUAGUAAAGUACUUGAAUGAAUGUAUUGUUGUAAUUCUAUAGUUGCUGUGAUAAUAUAACUCUAGUAAUGUAAACAAAUGACUUUACUCAAGUUUUCUACGACUACAGGGUAUAUUAUACUACAAUACACUAGUUUACUGUAGUAAAAACUAAAGUAUACUACAGUAUUUAUUAUCAGUUCACUAUAAUUAAUACUACAGUAUGCUGCAGCAUUCAUUAAAGUGUUGCAAAUACUAUAAUACACUUUACUAGAGUAUGGUUCAAAAACACUAUAGUAUUUAUAAAUAUAGUAUUUUCUCAUGUGGGCUAGCAUACUCAAGUGUACUACAGGUGCUGACUAAAUACAUAUUUUAAAUACACACAGAGUGUGUUAAAAGUGCAUUUUAGUUCAUAUUCACGGUGUCCCAAAAUAGCACAGUUGAGUACACUUAGAUGACCUUAAGAAGUACUAAAGAAUCACUUUUAGUAUAUUAAGUACAGAAUUAGUGUGUGGAAGUAGAGCAGUUUCAGGACAUCAUGGAAGUGCAGUUUUUGAGGAGUUUCCCGUGGAAACCUGAGCGCCGCGUGCGAGCGGCUGCUGGGGGUCAGGUACAUGUUCAGGCGCUGGUGAAGCGCACGGCGACGGAGGGCAAACGCCAAGCACUUUCUGUUGAUUUUGCUACUUUAUCAUUUCUGUGAAAUCCUGUGUGGAAUGUGGUCAGGUGCAUGAUGGGACGGACACUGAACAGGCCGUGUCGAGGCGUUUUGCUGUGAAUUGAAUGGAUUUUUUACCCUAAAUGUAAACUGUGUUUGUGGUAUUUUGUCGUAACACAAUGAAUCUGAAACUAUAAACUGAACCUGCCUUUCAAAGCACACACUGCAGAAGAUGAACUCUGAAGAGCUUCCUGUCACAUGACACAAACCGCCCUUAUAUUAAAGAAAUGAAUACUGAAUGAGGCUGUGAGGGAUGUUAUAUUUUGAUAAGCCAUAUUGAAUCCCGAGCACACGCCGUCUCGUUUCUGCAGCUUAGUGAAGGUCAGGUUAAGACUUCUUCCAAGUCAAGAAAACGUAAGGAAUGAACACAAUACGUCGUUAUGGUUUCUAAAUGUUAAUAUCCCAUAUUAGCAAUGCUUUAAAGUUUGAAAAUACAACUUCCAAGAGAUCAUCAUUACAUUUUAAUUCAUUAAAAAAAUUACUUUUACUGUACCUUCUGAUGAUCACAGUGCAAAAAGUGCUUUAUGUCUUGUUUUCCAGUACAAACAUCUAAAGAUUCUUAAAUUAAGAUGAAUUUACUUCAAUCAGUCUUGUUUUCAGGGCUCAGAAAAAUCUACUUAAUCCAAAGAGAAAACAAGUUUUCAUUCCCCAUUGACAUGCGUGACCCUGGACCACAAAACCAGUCUUAAGGGUCAAUUUUUCGAAACUGAGAUUAAUACAUCAUCUGGAAGCUGAAUAAAUAAUCUUUCCAUUGAUGUAUGGUUUGGACAAUAUUUGGCUGAGAUGCAACUAUUUGUAAAUCUGGAAUCUGAGGGUGCAAAAAAAUUGAGAAAAUCAUCUUUAAAGUUGUUCAAAUGAAGUUCUUAGCAAUGCAUAUUACUAAUCAAACAUGAAGUUUUGAGAUAUUUACGGUAGGAAACUUACAAAAUAUCUUCAUGGAACAUGAUCUUAAUAUCCUAAUGAUUUUUGGCAUAAAAGAAAAAUGUAUAAUUUUGAGCCAUACAGUGUAUUGUUGGCUAUUGCUGCAGAUAUAGCUGUGCUGCUUAUGACUGCUUCUGUGCUGCAGGGUCACAUAUUUGCUCUUUUUAAUUAUAAACUCACUUUAUUUUGUGCAGUUUCUCAGAAAACAAGACUUCAUAUGUUCAUUUUGCAUCUCCGGUAAAUGUAUCUUGAUUUAAAAAUGCUCAUGUUUGGGGAAAUCAAGACAAAACUGAGGAAGUAAUUCAUUUUUUUGCAGUGUGUGCAACAUUUAAUGCCACGACUUCAUGAAUUUAAGACUUUCUGCUCUGAUUUAAGCCUUAAUUUGUGAAAGUGUGAAUUAAGACCCGCAGAAACCCUGAACAAGAUGACAUCCGUGUUCAUGUACUUCAGUCUGAAUCAUUUUAGUUUAAAUCUGAAAUCUAAUCGUUUGGAAAGUGUUUUCUUCAGUCAUCUCCAGCGGCACGAAUCAGGUUUCGGGAGCUGACGAGUGUGUGUUGUGUUUAAUGGUGCUUCUCAUGUGUGUUUACUUGUGAUUGUUUUAAAGCCGUUGUGUAUUUGGUGAUGAAUGUAUUGAGAUGGCUAGAGUUACUGACUUCAGUGUUGUACCCUCUGUUUUUACUCCCUAAACGACCUCUUACAAUGCCAAAAAACAGAGAAUCCAGUUCACGAGAGCUGCUUCAUCAACACUAGAUUUACACAGUAUUUGCACUUUUACUACAGUAAAAGAGUUCUGAAUGAAUGAGCACAUUAACCGGCUUCUCCGGCUCCAGCACUUUGAUUUAAAGAGACAGUUCACCCAAAAACCAUCAUUUACUCCUUCAGACCCCAUGACUGACUUUCCUCCGUGAGAAGAUAUUUUGAGAAAUGUCCCCGUGUUCUUCAGAAUAUCUUCCUUUUACAUUCACAGAUGAGAUACAGUCACACAGUCAUUUGAGUAAAUGAUGACCACAAAACCAGUCAUAAGGGUCCAUUUUUGGAAAUUGAGAUUUAUACAUCAUCUGAAAGCUGAAUAAAUAAUCUCCAUUGAUGUAUGGUUUGUUGGACAAUAUUUGUCUGAGAUACAACUAUUUGAAAAUCUGGAAUCUGAGGGAGCAAAAAAUCUAAAUAUUGAGAAAAUCUCCUUUAAAGUUGUCCAAAUGAAGUUCUUAGCAAUGCAUAUUACUAAUCAAAAAUGAAGCUUUGAUAUAUUUACGGUAGGAAAUUUACUAAAUAUCUUCAUGGAACAUGAUCUUAAUAUCCUAAUGAUUUUUGGCAUAAAAGAAAAAUGUAUAAUUUUGAGCCAUACAGUGUAUUGUUGGCUAUUGCUGCAGAUAUAGCUGCUGCUUAUGACUGCUUUUGUGCUGCAGGCUCACAUUUCUGGGUGAACUAUCGCUUAAAGAACCACUAUGAACUCUCUCUCGGUGUGUGCGGUCGUGCAGAUGUGGUUAUGUGAAGGAUUCUGUGUGUGUCUGUCAGACGAGAGGCGAUGAUGACGGUGUUGCGUGUGGUUUCUGAGAGCUGUAUUGAACAGGUCACGUCCAGUGCUGCGAGAGUUACUUUUAAAAGUGAUGCAUUACAGUACUGUGUUACUUCCUAAAAAAGUAACUAAUUACGUUACUUAGUUACUUUUUAUGUAAAGUAAUGCGUUACGUUACUUUUAGUUACUUCUUAAAUCUGGGCAGGGCUCGCUUGUUUGUUUUUAGUAUAAAAAGUUCUUCUUGUACAAAUGUAAAGCUCUUUCACAGCAAAAGUGAAGUGAAUGCGGCUCAGACUGAAGGAGAUGUAGAUUCACGUCUGUACAGUAGAGGACGCUCAAACUAAUCACAUGAAGAAUAUGACGCAGGAGAAGAAACAUCAACACUAUUCAGCAAUAACUCAAAUCAAACACUAAUGUGUUAUUUCUGCUUAGUACGGCUGAAUUGGAUCAUCGAAGCUCAAAGACAUCGGUUAAUAAAAUAGGAUUAAAUACAUAAAUGAUAUUUAUUUAAUUAUUGCAGGUUUGUAUUUGAGUGUUUUUAUUGAUUGUGAGGAACACUGAAUGUGUUUUUGUGCAGGUGAGAUGUUGAUAUUUAGUCUAGAACUACAGUAAGAUCAUGUUCUUACUCCUGAUUUCUCUCAACAUGGCAACACCAGAGCUGUCCGUCAAUACAUGAGAAACACAGGAGCUGGAGUCACUUAUUUGAAAAAUAACUCCGAUAUUUCCCUCUAAAUUAAAAAGUAAUGUGUUACUUUACUAGUUACUUUUAAAAAGUAAUUGAUGACGUAACGUGUGUUAUUUGUAAGGCAUCACCCCAGCACUGGUCACGUCUCACAUAACUCCAUAUACUCUACAUUAAUAAUCCACUGCGGUUCACACGGGACGCUGACUGCAGCACCUUUGCACAGAACCUCAUUUUUAAAUGAUGUGACACUUUUUAAUGUACCUUUGCAUGUUUUCCAUUUGGAGUAUGUAAUGUCUUUUAUAGCGCUGCUUCUCUCAUGCUCACACAUGCAGUUGUGUUUAAUAAAGGUUUUUAUCCGCUGCUGAA